GGCUCCAGAAAGAUCUUCAUAAUGAUUCUGCCUUUACUUCUUUCUCUGGACAAAACAGCCAUCACCAUCACACCUUUGAAACUGCUGCAGCAUGAUCAUGUUCAGAAGUUUGAGCAGUAUGGGAUUCCUUUGAUUGUGAUUAAUCAUGAUACUCUGUCUGACAAGAAUCUUUGGAAUGUA